AGUGACGCGAUACAAAAGUGAUGCAAUAGAGGGUUUUCACGGCGCGUCAUCAGCGCGUCAUCAAUCCGGCAGUCGCCAUGUUGGAGGUACUCGGCAAGGUAAAUAAACCGCACGCCAAGGUAAAUAAAGCGCACGCCGCAGUAGAUCCCGAAUAUCUUCGUGGAAAAUGGUAAAUUAUUGCCGUGUUUUUGGCUGUACCAAUCGGUCAGACCGCGAAAAACAUUUGGAGUAUUACAGACUGCCAAAAGUUAUAACUAAUCAAGGAGAACAAUGCCAAAAGUUGUCAGAGGAAAGUAGGCGCUUGUGGUUAGCGAAGCUGAACCAGGAUCUACUUGGCAAAAAUCUGGACAACGUCCGAAUUUGUUCGGCCCAUUUCUUGUCAGGUAAAAGGUCUGACCUUUAUCAAAAGGAUGACCCAGAUUGGGUGCCAUCUGUCGGAAUGACAGGUCAGCAAAGGUCUCCUGAAAAAGCUGGGACAUCAUCACGCUACAGCCGUCGUGGGAAUAGAACCCAGCAGAGACUGAGAGAAGCUGCUGCUGAUGCUGCUGCUGGUGCUGGUGCUGGAGUUGCUGCAGAGACUGAUGAUUCUGAGACUGAUGACCCUACUACAAGUGGUUAUAUCAGCAGCAAUUUGUGCAGCACAGAGACUCAAAGUGAAUUGACUGGUGAUUUAAUUGAGGCUAUGACCAGCGAACUUCAAAAUCUUAGAACUGAAAACAUCCAGUUGUGCUCUGAUGUUGCACAUUUGUCCACUACCUAUGACCAAAGUGCAUUUGUUGAUAAUGAUGAAAAGGUUUUAUUUUUCACUGGCCUACCUACAUACCAGAUACUGUUGGUACUCUUCACAUUCCUUAGUCCCCACCUCCCUGUGAAGAAGUCACUUGAUAAGUUUAAGCAGUUGAUGCUGACACUGAUGCGCCUUAGGCUUAAUGUUUCCACGACCUUCCUGUCAUAUGCAUUUAACAUAUCAAUAGCCACUGCUUCUAGGAUAGUCACUGAUGUCAUUGAUGUCAUGUUUAUUCGUAUGAAACCACUUAUCAUAUGGCCAGAAAGAGAGCAUUUACAAAAAACUAUGCCAAUGCAAUUCAGGAAACAUUUUGGGAAAAAAUGUGCUGUUAUUAUUGACUGUUUUGAGGUUUUUAUAGAACGUCCGUCUAACCUUAUAGCCAGAGCAGAAACAUGGUCUUCCUACAAGCACCAUAACACAGUUAAAUUCUUGAUUGGUAUUACACCACAGGGCACAGUGUCUUACAUUUCAAAUGCAUGGGGAGGAAGAGUCAGUGACAAAUACCUAACUGAAAACUGUGGCUUUUUGGACAACAUAGUUCCUGGUGAUCUUGUCCUUGCUGACCGUGGCUUUAAUAUUCAAGCCACUUUGGGUUGUAUAAUGGCUCAUGUAAAAAUUCCAGCCUUCACUCGUGGAAAGUCACAGUUGGCACCUGUUGACUUAGAAACCACAAGAAAAAUUGCCCAUGUCAGGAUUCAUGUUGAGCGUGUAAUUGGUAGCGUGCGCCAGAAAUAUACCAUCUUGGGGGGGAUAUUACCAAUUGAUUUCUUGAUGUGCAAAGAUAGUGAUGGUUAUUGUACCAUUGAUAAGAUUGGACUUGUCUGUUGUGCUCUGGUGAACCUUUGCCCAUCCAUUGUUGAUUUUGACUGAAGAAUAUUUUUACAUGCACUUUGUCAAUAAAAAGACUAUAUAGCCUAAAAUUAUUUAUAAAUGGUUGUUAAUUUACA